CAUGAGCGUAGUUUGUCGCAAGGUGGGAUUGCUUUUAAAAAAUUCAUCAUUGCGUGUUUGCAGGUCGUUAUGCACCUGUAGCGCAAACACCCAAGCGUAUUCCUAACGAAAUCGGAGGAAAUUAAUGUCAUCUGGUGCAAGACAUGGCUGAUAUACAGUACACUCCAAGAAAUGUUUCAAAAACGGGAAGUAAAGGAAAGGGCACAGAUGACCCGGUGCGGUUUUUACCGGUUCUGCCGUCCAAGAGAAGCAAACCAGCAUGGCAGAUGAAUCCGCCUACAUUCAUGCUGACAGGCAAACCCCUAGAGGACGAUAAGAAAGAUGAUAUCGACCUAGUUGCAGAACUUAUAGCCAAAGAACCGAAGAGAAAAAAGCCCACCAAAUUAAAACCAGUUGAAAAUGUUGGCCAAUCACAGAAUGGCAUGUCACAGUUCACUCAACCUAAGAAAGACAGAGAAAACUUCAGAAAGACACUUGUCGAUAUUAUCAUGCAAGAGGAAAGUUUGCCGAAAUCAAGUGCGGCCUCGGUUGAUGGAGAGUUACCUCCUUUGUCCCGGACAGGUUCUCCAACAGCUGCAGAGAAAGACAUUCUGAGGUAUUAUUACUACAUUCAUAAUGGUAUAGACACAGAACAUGUGGCUCCCAUGGAAGACUCCUGGCUGGAGAAUGUGCUGUAUCUUGUCCCAGAAGUCCUGAAGAGUGGACAUGGAGAAACAAUAGAGAAUCUUUCAGAUGAGAUGAGAGAAGAUUACCUGCUCAGUGUGAAAAAGGCAAUUGUUGACUUUGUACUGAAGGAUCCACGUGAGCGAGAGGACGAGAUCAAGGAGCCACUGCCACCUCACCGUGAGGAGUUAGCCAUCGUGCCUAAGCCCUGGAACAAGUCCUUCUUACAAGGCCUAGACACCAUGUGCCGUGACCUGUACGCCAUCAGCCCAUGCAUGAUGCAGGUUCUUAACCUGUGGCACGCCUCCUUCAGAAACCUGAGAUUCACAGACAGUGAAGAGUUCCACAGCAGACCUGACUCCAUGGAGCUGGCAACUUUCCAGAAUCUCUGUAUGAGGCACAUAGAGACGGCCAAAGAAAAACUCCUCAAGAAAUGGUUUCCCGAAGUACAGAACAUUUUCUAUCAGGGUAACAAAAGGAAGCAAGUGCCCAGCAAUCAAGAUCAACAGAAACUAGAGUCGUUUUUUAACUGUUCAGCCACCCUGAUGACUGAUCAUCUUCAGCAGCUCACGCUUAACUCCCUUGAUGACUUUUGUGACCUGCUAUGUCAGCCACCUACCUCGACUCGAGCUUAUGAGCAUUCAGGAUUUAUCUUACGACUGAUCCUUGACAACACAACAAUUAAAUUUGAACCCAGUUUCAAAGAUUUCGAGGUUGUUCUCCUGAAUGUAUUUGACGUCAUGAUCAAAGCCUCAGGUGUGGUCCCAAGGGUAGAGACCAAGCUCUACUCAGAAUGGAACGGCAGCAAAAACAAAGCCUUCCUCAAGCCAAUCAUUCUGGAUGAUAUCACAGAAGAACAUAAACAGAAGGUUCGCGAUGUCAUAAAGUCGGAGAGCGUGGGGCCAAUAGAGCACUGCAAAGUUUAUGACCAGUACAACUUUCUCAUUUCCAAACAGGCUGAGAGUGAUGUAGAGCAAUUCAUGAAGGAAGAGCAUACGUUUGAUGAAUACACCAAAGAAGUGAUGAAGUACCACAAAGUUGUAGAAGACAUCGCCUUCAAUUCUCAGAAGGUGAUUCGUUUGGGAAUGUUUGAGGUGCACUGUGAUGAACUGAUCAGAGCGCUGUCAAAACGCGCAGACGCUCUCUGCAGCAAACUGCUGGCUCGCAUGUGCCAAGAUCAUCAGGAUGCGAAUAAAGCACUCUGUGCUGAUUACGAGCUUAUUGCCGAGAAAGCUUUGACGACUCCUGCCAACACAAACCAGCUGAUGGAGCUAAAGGAAUACAUCGAAAAGGUAGAAAGUGACACAAUAUUCAAGAUGGAGCGACGUCUGAUUGAGGCAAAGGAUCGGUUGAAAUUCCUGGCAGACCACGCGACAUUCUCACCUGUGGAGGUACGACAGAAUAGCAGUGUGUUCAUGUGGCACCACCGGAUGCCAGCCAUCUUUGAGGAGCACAAACUGAUUGUCAACGAGAAGAGGAACCAGUAUGAGGAUGCCCUCAAGCUGAGAAGAGAGAGGUUCCAAGAAGAAUUAGAAGGCUAUGCCAAACAGGUAGAGGAGUUCCAGACAUUCGGCGAAAUGAAUGACAUUCAGAAAUACCUGCGUAAGGCGCAGAAUCUGGAUAGCAAGCUGCAGACAGCUGCAGAUAAGAUUGAAGCAUUUAACCAGGAAGAGGAAUCGUUUGGCUGGCAGACUACUGCCUACCCACAGAGACAGACCAUCCUAAACACACUCAAGCCCUACCACCAGCUGUACGAGAUGACCGUUGAGUUCAAUGGCAAAUAUAAAGACUGGAUGGAUGGUUCAAUGGUGGGUGUGGACCCAGACGUUAUUGAUGCUGAGGUGGGCAACUACUGGAGAUCUCUGUACAAACUGCAGAAGGGAUUUGACAAUGUACCAGCUGCCAAGAAGAUCUGCCAGAAGGUGAAGUCAAAGGUAGAAGAGUUCAAGGAGUACAUGCCUUUAGUACAGACCCUGUUUAACCCAGGUUUGAGAGACCGCCAUUGGGAGGCUAUUUCAGAGGCCAUCGGCUUUACACUGAAACCAGACGAUAGCUUCUGUCUCUCGAAAGUUGUCGACAUGAAUCUAGAAGCUCAUAUCCCUAAGUUUGAAUCAAUCAGCGAAGCCGCUAGCAAAGAAUACUCUCUGGAAAAAGCCAUGGAGAAGAUGAAGAAAGAAUGGGAUCCGAUGGAGUUUGUGAUGAUCCCGUACAGAGAGACUGGCACUCAGAUUCUCUCAGCCAUCGACGACAUUCAGCUUCUGCUGGAUGAUCACAUCGUGAAGACGCAGACGAUGAGGGGCUCGCCGUUCAUCAAACCGUUUGAGGCCGAGAUCAAAGAGUGGGAAUCCAGCCUGAUGACCUUACAGGACAUUCUUGACGAAUGGCUGAAAGUACAGGCUACCUGGCUCUACCUGGAGCCCAUCUUCAGCUCCCCUGACAUUAUGGCCCAGAUGCCUGAGGAAGGAAGGCGGUUCACCACUGUCGACAAGAACUGGCGGGACAUCAUGAAGGCCGCCGUUAUCGACAAACACGUCCUGGCCGUCCUGAACAUCGACAAGAUUCUGGAAAAACUUAAAAAGUCUAAUGAACUCUUGGAGCUGAUCCAGAAGGGUUUGAACGACUACCUGGAGAAGAAGCGUCUCUACUUCCCGCGAUUCUUCUUCCUCUCCAACGACGAGCUCCUUGAGAUCCUGUCCGAAACAAAAGAUCCUACCAGGGUGCAGCCUCAUCUUAAGAAAUGUUUUGAGGGUAUAGCCAGCCUGGAGUUCACAGAUGUCCUUGACAUUACUCACAUGAAGAGUAGUGAGGGCGAGGUAGUCCAGCUCAAGGACGUUAUCUCCACGGCAAAGGCCAGAGGUCAGGUGGAGAAAUGGCUGCUGGAGUUGGAGGUUGACAUGAUCACCUCAGUCAAAAAGGUGUGUGGUGAGGCUUUGGAAGACUACAACAAAACCCCAAGAGGAGAGUGGGUACGAGCCUGGCCCGGUCAAGCCGUCCUCGCCGUUACAGCUAAAUACUGGACGGACUUUGUCCACGAAUCCAUCAGGAAAGGCCCACAGGCUCUGGAGGAGUACCUGACCUUGAAUAACUCUCAGAUUGACGAGAUCGUAGCUCUGGUCAGAGGAAAGCUGUCCAAACAGAACCGCACCACCCUGCAGGCCCUGAUCGUAUUGGAUGUCCAUGCCCGUGAUGUGCUGGCUGAUCUUGUCAAGAGCAAGAUCAGCAGUGAGUUUGAUUUCCAGUGGCUGAGCCAGCUGAGAUACUACUGGGAGGAAGGGAACAUGGUGACUCGUAUGAUCAACUCCAUGCUAAAGUACGGUUACGAGUACCUGGGUAACACAGGCCGUCUCGUUAUCACACCUCUCACUGACAGGUGUUACAGGACCUUGUUUGGUGCUCUUCACCUUCACUUGGGAGGGGCUCCAGAGGGACCUGCCGGUACAGGAAAAACAGAGACAACCAAAGAUUUGGCCAAAGCUGUCGCCAAGCAGUGUGUUGUUUUCAACUGCUCAGACGGCUUGGAUUACAUUGCUCUCGGAAAAUUCUUCAAGGGUUUGGCUUCUUGUGGAGCCUGGUCGUGUUUUGAUGAGUUUAACAGAAUUGACUUGGAAGUCUUGUCUGUGGUUGCUCAACAGAUUCUUACCAUUCAGAGAGGUAUUAGUGCUGGAGCUGACACGCUGCUGUUUGAAGGGACGGAGAUUCGCCUUGAUCCCACCUGCUCCGUCUUCAUCACCAUGAAUCCCGGUUAUGCUGGACGCUCAGAGCUUCCCGAUAACCUCAAGGCGUUGUUCCGUACGGUGGCCAUGAUGGUGCCUGACUACGCCCUCAUUGCGGAGAUCUCGCUGUACUCUUGCGGGUUCGUCAGUGCUCGACCGCUGUCAGUGAAGAUCGUAGCUGUGUACAGACUGUGCUCAGAACAGCUGUCCUCACAACAUCACUAUGAUUACGGAAUGAGGGCCGUCAAAUCAGUGCUCACAGCAGCUGGUAAUCUCAAGCUCAAAUACCCUGAAGAGGAUGAAGACAUUCUCAUGUUACGUUCCAUCAUCGACGUCAACUUACCGAAAUUCUUGAACCACGACCUGCCGUUGUUCCACGGUAUCACUUCUGAUCUCUUCCCCGGAAUCAAACUCCCUACCCCCGACUAUGAAGUCCUGAAUGCAGCUGUCAAGGAAAACUGUGAAAAGAUGAAUCUACAGUGUACAGACUUCUUCCUAGAGAAAAUACAGCAGAUAUAUGAGAUGAUGAUUGUGCGUCACGGCUUCAUGAUUGUUGGAGAACCUUUUGGAGGGAAGACCAUGGCUUACAGAGUGUUGGCUGCAGCUCUUGGUGACAUUCAUGAGAAGGGACUCAUGGAAGAGAACAAGGUCCAAUUAACCGUAAUCAACCCUAAGGCAAUAACUAUGGGUCAGCUUUACGGUCAGUUUGACCCUGUGUCCCAUGAGUGGUCUGACGGAAUCCUGGCCGUCAGCUACAGAGCCUUCGCAACCUCAACGACCCCAGACAGGAAGUGGCUCAUCUUUGACGGCCCUGUUGAUGCCAUCUGGAUUGAGAACAUGAACACUGUCCUGGAUGACAACAAGAAACUCUGCCUGAUGAGCGGAGAGAUCAUCCAACUGGCCAGCACAACAAACUUGAUCUUUGAACCCAUGGAUCUGGAAGCUGCCUCCCCUGCCACUGUGUCUCGUUGUGGUAUGAUUUACAUGGAGCCAUCAUCCCUGGGCUGGCGACCACUGAUGAAGUCCUGGCUCCACCAAAUGUCCACAAAUGUAUCAGACAUGCACAAGAGCGUCAUCACCGACAUGUUUGAGCGAUUUAUUGAUCCAUGUCUCUCCCUCCUCAGGAAAGGUGGUGUCAAGGAACUGUCGCCCACCUCCGACUCUAAUGUUGUGAAAUCCUGUAUGAAUCUAAUGGACUGCCUGAUGGAUGAGUUUAACGAUGAAGCCAAGAUCGCCCAGAUGGAUGAACGAGAGAUAAUCUCUUGGCUAGAGAGCAUCUUCUUCUUUGCGUUGACCUGGUCUGUGGGUGGAACAAGUUCUAUUGAAGGCCGUAUCAAGUUUGACAAGCUCAUCCGAGAGCUCAUGGGCGGUGGGAUGAGUGAGGAGACCCGCAUCAUGGUGGGCAUGACAGAACUGGUGGAGCCCCCGAUGAAACCAUUCCUUAACCCCUUCCCAGCCAAAGGACUCAUCUACGAGUACAAAUUUAUCAAAGACGGUGCUGGUAGAUGGUCCAGCUGGCUUGAUGACAUCAAAGAUGCCCCGCCCAUUCCUAAGGACGCCCUGUUUAAUGAGAUCAUCGUGCCGACUGUGGACACAGUGCGUUACACGUACAUCCUUAACUUGCUGGUCACUCACCAGAAGAGUGCGCUGUAUGUCGGCCCCACAGGAACGGGAAAAAGUUGUUACAUUACUGACUUUCUGUUGAACAAGCUGGACAAAGAUGCAUACAAACCUAACAUCAUCAACUUCUCUGCUCAGACCAGUGCUAACCAGACACAGAACAUGAUCAUGUCCAAACUUGACAAGCGGAGGAAGGGCGUCUUUGGUCCUCCGCUCGGCAAGAAAGCUAUUGUGUUUGUGGAUGACCUGAACAUGCCGUCACGUGAGACGUACGGUGCUCAGCCUCCCAUAGAACUGCUGCGACAGUGGCAGGAUCACUGGAACUGGUAUGAUCUCAAAGAAACGACAGCCAUCAAACUGAUUGACAUUCAGCUGAUAGCGGCCAUGGGACCCCCGGGUGGAGGUCGUAACCCUGUGACCCCACGCUUCCUGCGUCAUUUCAACACCGUGACCAUCAACGAGUUUGAUGAUGAUACCAUGAUCACUAUUUUCAGGAGAAUUAUGGACUGGCAUAUCUCUGCUCAGGGUUUCUCUAAUGACUUUAAGCCAUGCAUAGACCAGGUGGUAAAUGGCACCCUACAGGUGUACAAAGAGUCCAUGGUUAACCUGCUGCCAACCCCAGCCAAGUCCCACUACCUGUUCAACCUGCGUGACUUCAGCCGUGUGGUCCAGGGGGUGCUGCUGUCCCUCCCAGAGACCAUGGAGGACCCAGGCUCCAUGAAGAGGCUCUGGGUACAUGAGGUGUUCCGAGUAUACUAUGAUCGUCUGGUAGACGACGGCGAUCGUGACUGGCUCUUCAACUACGUCCGCGAAGUGACAAAGUCUAAACUGCGUGAAGACUUUGACCAGCUCUUCAUCCACCUGGACUCGAACGACGAUGGCAAAGUCACGGAGGAUGAUCUUCGCAGUUUGAUGUUCUGCGAUUUCACCGACCCUAAAUCUGACAAGAACCACUACGUGGAGGUGCGAGACCUGGAGCAGCUGCGACAUGUGGUGGAGGGCUUCCUGGAUGAGUUUAACAAUAUCAGCAAGAAGCCCAUGAACCUUGUGCUUUUCAGGUUUGCUAUAGAGCAUGUGUCAAGAAUCUCCCGAAUCCUUAAACAGCCCAGAAGCCACGCCCUCCUUGUUGGAGUGGGCGGGUCUGGGCGUCAAUCUCUGACUCGAUUGGCAGCUCACAUGGCUGACUACGAAGUUGCACAGGUGGAGAUUGGUAAGAGUUACACAUCAGUGGAAUGGCGAGAAGAUCUGAAGACAAUCCUGAGGAAAUCCACCGAGACAGACAACCACAUGGUCUUCCUCUUCUCUGACACACAGAUCAAGCAAGAAUCCUUCCUGGAAGACAUCAAUAACCUGUUGAAUGCAGGCGAAGUGCCGAACCUCUACCCACUGGAUGAGAAACAGGAGAUCUGCGAGAAAAUGAGGCAGAUUGACAGACAAAGAGACAAGGCUAAGCAGACUGAUGGCUCCCCUGUAGCUCUCUUUAACUUCUUCAUCCAGCGUGUCCGAGAUCAACUUCAUGUAGUGCUCGCCAUGAGCCCCAUUGGUGACGCUUUCCGCACCCGACUGCGAAAAUUCCCCUCUCUCGUCAACUGCUGCACGAUUGAUUGGUUCCAGUCAUGGCCUGAAGAUGCUCUGCAGGCUGUGGCCACACGCUUCUUGGCUGAGAUUGAGAUGGAGGAGCAGGAGAAAGCAGGUUGUAUUAACAUGUGUCGCGACUUCCACACUACGACGCGCGAGGUGUCUGAGCGCUUCCUGAACGAGCUGGACCGGCACAAUUACGUCACGCCGACGUCUUACCUGGAGCUGAUUAAUACCUUCAAGACACUCCUAAACCUCAAGAGAGAUGAGGUGAUGAAGAACAAACGGCGCUACGAGGUGGGUCUGGAAAAGCUGGAGUCUGCAGCAUCGCAGGUGGGCGAUAUGCAGAAUGAACUGGAGGCGCUGCACCCCAAGUUGAUUGAAGCUGGCAAAGAGGUGGACGAAAUCAUGGUUAUUAUUGAGAGAGAUUCCGUGGAGGUGGCCCGAAAAGAGAAGAUUGUGAAAGCUGACGAGGCCGUAGCCAAUGAGCAGGCGACUGCAGCAAAGGCCAUUAAGGAUGAGUGUGACGCUGAUCUGGCUGAAGCUAUCCCUGCCCUCAACGCUGCUCUGUCUGCCCUAAACACCCUCACUGCACAGGACAUCACGGUUGUGAAGACAAUGAAGAGCCCCCCGUACGGUGUCAAGCUGGUGCUGGAGGCCGUGUGUGUCCUGAAGGGUAUCAAGCCUGAGAGAAUCCCUGACCCCGCAGGAACGGGCAAGAAGAUAGAGGACUACUGGGGACCGUCUAAACGUAUGCUGGGUGACAUGAAGUUCCUGGAGUCCCUGCACAAUUUUGACAAGGACAAUAUUCCUGUUGCAAUCAUGAAGCAGAUUCGUGCUAAAUACAUGGACAACCCUGACUUUGACCCUGACAAAGUAAAGAACGCCUCCACUGCCUGCGAGGGACUGUGUAAAUGGGCACGAGCCAUGGAGGUCUAUGACAGAGUUGCCAAAGUCGUUGCACCAAAGAAAGAAGCCCUGAAGAAGGCUGAGGGUGAGCUUGCUGUUGCCAUGGGAGAAUUGGAGAAAAAGCGUGCCUCACUGAAGGAAGUCCAGGACAAGCUGGCCAAGCUUGAGGAAAAGCUGGAAUUCAACAAAAAAAAGAAAGCUGACUUGGAGAACCAAGUAGACCUCUGCUCCAAAAAGCUAGACAGAGCAGAACAGUUGAUUGGUGGAUUGGGUGGAGAGAAAACCAGGUGGGGUGAGGCUGCUAAGGACUUGGCACAGAAGUACAUUAACCUGACGGGAGAUGUCUUAGUGUCUUCAGGCAUCGUGGCUUACCUGGGAGCUUUCACCUCAUCGUUCAGACAGGACCAGACAAACCGUUGGAUCCACAUGGUGAAGGAGAAAGAUAUUCCGUGUUCAGAGGACUUCUCUUUGAUCGGGACUCUGGGUGAUGCUGUGAAAAUCCGGGCAUGGAACAUUGCGGGUUUGCCCACAGACAGCUUCUCUGUGGACAAUGGUAUCAUCAUCAGCAACUCCAACCGCUGGCCCCUGAUGAUUGAUCCUCAAGGCCAGGCUAACAAGUGGGUGAAGAACAUGGAGAAGGCAAACAACCUGCACAUGAUCAAACUGAGUGACCAGGACUUUGUGAGGACCCUGGAGAACUGUAUACAGUUUGGAACACCCGUUUUACUUGAGAAUGUAGCUGAAGAGUUGGACCCAAUCCUGGAGCCUCUUUUACUGAAGCAGACGUUCAAACAGGGAGGCAGUAUGUGUAUUCGUCUUGGGGACAGUACCAUAGAGUACUCACAGGACUUCAAGUUCUACAUUACAACCAAGUUGAGGAACCCACAUUAUCUACCCGAGACCUCUGUUAAGGUGACCCUCCUUAACUUCAUGAUCACUCCCGAGGGUCUGGAGGAUCAGUUGCUGGGUAUUGUUGUCGCCAGAGAGCGUCCCGAACUGGAGGAGGAGAAAAAUGCCCUCAUCAUUCAGAGCGCAGAGAACAAACGUCAGCUUAAAGAGAUUGAGGAUAAAAUCCUAGAAGUCUUAUCCUCCUCUGAGGGGAACAUCCUCGAGGAUGAAACAGCCAUCAAAGUCCUCUCCAGCUCCAAGGUUCUGGCCAAUGAAAUCUCAGAGAAACAGGCUAUUGCCGAGGAGACAGAGAAGAAGAUUGAUACAGCUCGCAUGGGUUACACGCCUAUCGCUAUUCACAGCACCAUUCUCUUCUUCUCCAUCGCUGAUCUGGCUAACAUAGAGCCCAUGUAUCAGUAUUCCCUUACCUGGUUUAUUAACCUGUUCAUACUGUCCAUCGAAAAUGCCGAGAAAUCUGACGUCCUGGAGACAAGACUGGAGAACCUGCAUGUCCAUUUUACAUACUCCCUCUACUGUAACAUUUGCCGAUCCCUGUUUGAAAAGGAUAAGCUGCUCUUCUCCUUCCUGCUAUGUGUAAACAUCCUCAAACAUAACAAAGAAGUGGAUGACGAAGAAUGGCGAUUCCUCCUGACAGGAGGCAUUGGCCUUGACAACCCCCAUAGCAACCCGACAACGUGGUUGCCGUCCAAAGCUUGGGAUGAGAUCUGCCGAUUGGAUGAAUACGCUCGCUUCGCAGGCAUUCGUAAAACAUUCAUCUCGUACAAAGACCAAUGGAAAGUCAUCUAUGAUAGCACUGAACCAAACAAGGAGCAGUACCCAGGGGAAUGGCAACAACGUCUUGGUCUCUUCCAGAGAAUGUUGGUGCUACGGUGUCUUCGUCCAGAUAAGGUGAUUCCAGCCAUCCAGGAGUUUGUGAUUGAGAAGAUAGGACGUAAGUUUGUGGAGCCGCCCCCAUUUGACCUGCCCAAGUCAUUCGCUGACAGUAACUGCUGCUCCCCACUACUGUUUGUCCUCUCCCCAGGGGCUGAUCCCAUGGCUGCCCUACUUAAGUUUGCCGAUGACCAGGGUUUUGGAGGAGCCAAGUUUGACUCACUGUCUCUCGGUCAAGGUCAGGGCCCUAUUGCCAUGAAGAUGAUAGAGAAAGGUGUGAAGGAAGGCACCUGGGUCAUGCUACAGAACUGUCACCUGGCCACGUCCUGGAUGUCCACUCUGGAGAAAGUCUGCGAGGAGCUGAACCCGGACCAAGUACACCCAGACUUCCGACUGUGGCUGACCAGUUACCCAUCCACGACCUUCCCAGUCUCUGUUCUGCAGAACGGAGUCAAGAUGACCAAUGAACCGCCCAAAGGACUUCGCUUCAACAUCUUGAAGUCAUACCUGAGUGACCCUAUUUCUGACCCAGAGUUCUUCGAGGGAGUGAAACAAAAGGGACCCUUCAAGAAGCUCCUGUUUGGUUUGUGUUUCUUCCAUGGAAUGGUUCAGGAAAGGAGAAAGUUUGGACCACUUGGAUGGAACAUUCCCUAUGAGUUUAAUGACACAGAUCUUAGAAUCAGCGUCCGUCAGUUGGCCAUGUUCCUCAACCAGUACGAUGACGUCCAGUACGAUGCUCUGCGUUACUUGACAGGAGAGUGUAACUACGGUGGACGUGUCACAGACGAUCGUGACAGACGCACCCUCCUCACCAUCCUCAAUAAGUUCUACUGCAGUUCUGUAGUCGAAGAUGAAGACUACAUGUUUGACGACAGUGGGCUGUAUUACUCACCCAAAGAAGGCGAUUAUGAGAGUUACCUGGAGUACAUCAAACAACUUCCCAUGAACCCGUCCCCGGAGAUCUUCGGCAUGCACGCCAACGCUGAUAUCACCAAGGAUCAGGCUGAAACCACGCUUCUAUUCGACAACAUCCUUCUUACACAGGCAAAGGCCAAAAAAGGAGGGGGUAAGUCCACUGAUGACGUCGUAGAUGAGGUAGCUGCAGACAUCCUCACCAAACUGCCUCCAAACUUUGACACGGAUGCUGUGAUGAGGAAAUACCCAACAUCAUACAAACAGAGCAUGAAUACUGUGCUCAUGCAAGAAAUGGUCCGAUUUAAUCGACUUCUGAUCAUCAUUCGAGCCAGCCUUAUCAACAUCCGAAAAGCCAUCAAAGGUCUGGUGGUUAUGUCUGGUGAGCUAGAGGAAGUGGUCCUGAGCAUCCUGAAGGGUAAAAUCCCAGGGAUGUGGAUGGCGAAGUCUUACCCAUCCCUUAAACCCCUAGGCAGCUACGUCAAUGACUUCCUUGCAAGGCUCAAAUUCCUUCAGGAUUGGUACGACAACGGACCCCCUGCAGUCUUCUGGAUCUCCGGGUUCUACUUUACCCAAGCUUUCCUGACAGGCGCUCAGCAGAAUUACGCCAGGAAGUACACCAUCCCUAUUGACCUGCUGGGCUUCGAUUACGAAGUGCUGGAAGACAAGACCUUCGACACGCCACCUGAAGAUGGUAUCUACGUAUACGGCCUGUUCAUGGAAGGGGCUCGCUGGGACAGGAAGAACAAGAAGAUCGGAGAGUCGCUGCCCAAAGUUCUCUUUGACACCAUGCCACCGAUUUGGAUGAAGCCUCUCAAGCGUGAUGACAUUCCCAACCGCCCCAGCUACGUGGCUCCAGUCUACAAAACCAGCGAAAGACGAGGUACACUCUCCACAACUGGUCAUUCCACGAACUUUGUCAUCCCCAUGGUUAUCCCGUCAGAUCAGCCUCAGGAGCACUGGAUUGGCAGAGGUGUUGCUCUCCUCUGUCAGCUGGAUAACUAGAGAGCUCACCAACAAAGGGAAGAUAACUGUGUACUUGCAUUGUAUUUAAUUUACAACAUUGGUGAGGAAGGAAGUUGUAUUUUAUAAUAUGCAACAUUGAUUACUUUUUGUCACAAUGUUGUGAAAGAACUAAAAUACAUGCAAUACUUUUUGCAUCUCAUGUUGGGGUAACAUGAAGUAUUUUACGUCACAUUUUGGUAACAUGAAAUACUUGACAUUGCACAUUCUGGUAAGAUGUAUUUUUCAAUGCCACUGUAUUUAUUGUAUUUUAGAUGCCCCAUUCAGGCACAGUGAUGUAUGAUAAUAUGUUUUGUAUAUAUACUUAUAUAUGUAUGUUUAUAUAUAUCCGUAUGUUAAUAAUCCCAGAUGUUAUUUAGUGCUUGCAUUGUCUUUUAUGCGUGUAGAUAAACUAUAUGUUAAUGACUAGAAAAAACUGUGAUAUCAACAUUGAUCAUUAUUUGUAGAAAUUAUUUUUGACUUCACCAAAAAAAAAAAAAAAAUAUGUUAAUCUUAUUUCUAUGGAAUGUUUUGUUUCAUUACUGAAAGUAUUAAAUUAUUAUUAUGAUAAUGUAGUCAAAGUCCGUCCAAGGCAGAGGCGAUGUUUUUUGUUUGUUUUCUGUUUGCCUUGUCUAGACCUGUAAUAUUUAUGUGUUUAUACGGUAAACACAUUGCAGAACUGUUUCUUUCUUUCUGUAUUACAGACAUGUUUGUUAUUGUGUUAUUGGAUGCUACAUUCCUGUAUACGAUUCCUCGUGAAUUUUGUGAGUUAUUUAUUAAAAAUUAAACACGAAAUCAGUGUGGGGUACUAAGUAAUUUGUGCCAAGAUUUGAAGUCCAAGUUUGCAAGGAAAACGGGUUUGGUAACAGAAUAAGUUACAAAGUGGGCCAAAAAUGAGAAUGAUUUUCUGCCUGUGAUAUAUCAUUACGUAACAUUUUCUAUGUUUUGUCAGUUCCAAACUUUAAUGAACGUUACCAAGUGUUAACAAAGUUAUGCUAAUUAUAAUCUAUGUAUGCAUUACCAAACUUUGUUAAAGCGUAUCCCCAUAAAUACAUUAUAUCAUGUAAGUAUACUUUUCCCUGUU